AUGAGUGAGGCGAGCGUAUACAUAAAGCGAGACCUACAGUUAAGUAGUGAGGAUGAUGAUUGGUGGUUGGGAAUAUCUAAACUCUUCUCCCUCUUUGGGUUGGCACUAGCUGGGUCCACCGCCAAUAGACUUCCCAGUUGUAUCAAGGUUGUGUUGGCUACAACCAUUCUCUUUGUCGGCUCCCUCUUCAUGAUCUUUGGGCCAGGUUUCUUCUACUUACUACUGGGCCGCCUUACCAUCAAUGUCGGGGCAGGCUAUACCCUUACUAUAGCUUUUGUCUACAUUACAGAGAUAUCUCCCACCUUUUACUGCGGCCUGCUCACGUCGUUCCCUGAGCUUGUGAAGACCAUGUUCACCCUGGUUUGCGCCAUUAGCAUUGAUCGAAUGGGGUGGCGAAGGUUGAUGCUCAUUAGCGUUGGCGGGAUGAUUUUGUCACUCGUCUCCCUGGGUGUAUCCCUCACUAUCAUCCACCACCACGAGAAGGUGGAGUGGGUUGAUGCCAUAUGCGUCUUCUCAUUGUUGUGCUAG